CACACAAAAAUAUAAAUAGAUUUCCAACUAUAUCAUUUAAGUUCGGAAAAUAUUUGCAGAUUUAUCAAGUACAGAGACAAUCCUCAUGUGAGAAUUUGGCUACAAAGGUUCCAUCAAGAAAAAAUCCAGAGGAAUAUGUGAAGACGCGCAAAGGUGUCCGAAGGCUGUUUCCAUCUAAAAAAAAUCAGAGUUCAAACUGGAGUUUAUUCACUUGCUGAAAAUGUGAAUUUCGAAAAAAUCGUAGGCUAUGGAUUCAAAUCCAAAUGUCUUAGAGAAAGAUUGUCCGGAAGAAUUGGCUGAAACAGCCAAAGAGACUUUGCAGAGUUUUGCACGAAAUCCAAGACCUUGGAGUGAGUGCGGACAUUUAAUUGAAAGAUCAGAAAAAUUGCGUGUCAAAGAAGAGAAGCGUGUUACACAGGCGGGCCUUCCGUUGCUUCCACAAAGUCAAAGACCUUUAAGUGAGUACGAUGAAUUGUCACGGAGAAAACAAAUGCAGGUUCAAAAAGAGCUUCGGCGAGUAAAGCCAAAAGAAAUGCCUCAAACUGAUUAUGAGUGCAUAUAUAAGCUUGUCCACAUGGUUGAACAGGAACAAAGAGAUAUCGAAGUUUCAAAGCUUCCAAAUUUAUCAACGCCUUUUACUGGGUUGUCAAAAAAGCCCAGACGAUAUGAAAGCAUAGGUUGGGACAGAAAAGGCGAGAUAUCAAAACAGAGGCUUGAAUCAUUUUAUUUGUUGAUAAGAUGUUAUCUUACUUAA